AUGGAAAUUCCGGCUGUUGUACGUAUGGGUUUACUUGGAAAAUUCUUUCCUUUCGGAUUCUGCUAUGAGUUAAAAUACUUGGUUCGAUUGGCCAUCCCUAUUGCACUGACGACGCUUAUGACUUUCCUCUGCGGAUCGAUAAGUAUCAUCGCAUGUGGACAAAUUGACAAACGCACUCUCGCCACCGUAGGUUUGGCGACCUCAGCGUUCAACGUUACUGGUUUGGUUGUUAUAACCGGUUUAUUGACUGCCGCCGAUACAAUUUUUUCUCAGUUUUCAGACUCCGAUGAAAGAGGCACACAUGUGAUGGAAAUUCCGGCUGUUGUACGAAUGGGUUUACUUGGAAAAUUCUUUCCUUUCGGAUUCUGCUAUGAGUUAAAAUACUUGGUUCGAUUGGCCAUCCCUAUUGCAUUGACGACGCUUAUGACUUUCCUCUGCGGAUCGAUAAGUAUCAUCGCAUGUGGACAACUUGACAAACGCACACUCGCCACCGUAGGUUUGGCGACCUCAGCCUUCAACGUUACUGGUUUGGUUGUUAUAACCGGUUUAUUGACUGCCGCCGAUACAAUUUUUUCUCAGCUAUCGUCAUAAUCACCUUCUGCUGCAUCCCGUGCAUUUCACUUCAAUUACUUGCAGAACCCGCGUUUCUGCUGUUAUAUCAAAAUCCACAAACCGCAAAGUGCGCCUUUACAUGCGUUUGCUUU